CCGGACGCCGCCGCCGCCGACCUGAGCACCUACAGCGCCGAGCACCUGCUGAGCCGCUGCCAGCCGGGCGACCUGGUGGAGUUCGUGUGCCCGGCGCAGUACCCGCACUGGGCCGUGUACGUGGGCGACUUCCAGGUGGUGCACCUGCAGCGCCUCGAGGUGCUCAGCAGCUUCCUGACGGACGCCAGCCAGGGCCGGCGGGGCCGCAUCGCCAACGCGCUGUACCGCUACCCCGCGCUCAGCCCCGCCGCCGUGGUGCGCAACGCGCUGGAGCAGGUGGGCUGCAAGGAGCGCGAGCUGAGCUGGCGCAACUCCGAGUGCUUCGCCGCCUGGUGCCGCUACGGCCGGCGCGAGUUCAAAAUCGGCGGCGAGCUCCGCAUCGGCAAGCAGCCCUACCGCCUGCACCUGCGCCUGGGCCAGCGCCGCGCACACACGCUCGAGUUCCAGAGCCUGGAGGACCUCAUCAUGGAGAAGCGCCGCAACGACCAGCUCGGCCGCGCCGCCGUCCUGCAGGAGCUGGCCGCUCACCUGCAGGCCGACGAGGAGGACGGCGAGGAGGAGGCGGUGGAGGGCGGCAAGCAGUAGCCCCCCCCCGGGGCCGCUGGAGGAUGCGAGGGUCCCGGCUGCGCUGGUAGAGGGCAAAACUCAGGGAGAUGCGGCCCCUUGUGUCGGCCGGACCCGGUGCCCAUGCUUUUCAGGUGCUCCCCGGCAUGAUUUCCACCCGUCUAGCGCUGCUACAUGGCACCCACGAUUCAGGUGCCAGCUAGGCGUAGUGCUCCCUGGCACUUUUCACUUCCCGGACAGGCCUGGUGCUGCCUGGCAUCCACUGUCUUCAGGUGUCAGCCAGGCCUGGGGCUCCCUGGCAUUAUUUCCACCUGCCAGUGAGGUCUGGCACUACAUGGCACCCACGAUUUUAAGGUGACAGCCAGGUCUGGUGCUACCUGGCACUGUUUUCACCUUCCAGUCGGGCCUGGCACUCCCUGGCAUCCACAGUUUUCAGGUGCCAGCCAGGCCUGGCGCUACCCAGCGCCCACUGUCUUCAGGUGCUGCUCGCUUCAAUGGGAGCUGAGGCCACCCGGCACUUAAACAGGAGCCAGCAGCUGGCAGGGUGCAGCCCUGUAGCGUGCACAGGCAGGAUUCACUGUUGUCACUGGCAGUUCGUUGAUUUUUUUAUUUCCCCCCCGCCCCCUGCUCUUUUUGUAGUUGAGUUCCUAUUGAUAUGGUGGCAAGGGGCUCCUGACUGGGCAGGAGACCUUUGUGGCUUCCCAUCUUCAAACGGAUGCAUAACUAUGAAGGUGAAAUGGGGCUUGAUGCAUCCGAUAAUGUCCUAUUUGAGGGAGACUCCCUUCCUCUCUGUAUGGUUGGCUUUUAAGUACAGUAGGACUGGUGAAUUGCCCUGAAGGGGUGAGGGAGAAAAUCCAGCAAGCCUGGAUGUAAUUGGGACUCUAACUCGUGCAGUGUGAUGUGUUUAAAUGCCAGUGCUCAUGAUGCCCUUGAUCUUGCUCCAGUGAAGUUAGUUGGUUUCUGCGGGAGUAGGAUUUGGGGCCUUGAAGCAGGUCCUCAGUUACCUUAAUGUAUUCAGAGAAGUUAGAGUGGUGAGGGGUGGUUUUAUGUUCUGGCCAAACUCCAGAGGCUCCAGCUGGUCUGAAUGCUGCAUUUGGUCUGUUUUGAUGCUGUAGUGUGCAUAGAAGUUUGCAGAAGCUUUUAAUCAUCAGGAAUACAACCUGUGUGAGAUGCCACUGGCUUGGAUGUAUGGGUCAGUGGUUAACUAGUAAAUCUCAAACGGUGAUAUCAAGGGGGCAUUCUACAAAGGUUUCACCCCAUAGUAAGCAGGGCUAAAUCAGGAAAUAUUUGGGAGGGGAAAAGCCCCAUGUUUAGGGCAAGGGAAGGAAAUAAGUUCUCAGACUGGGAAGUGCAUUCAAACCUGGGGAAGUUCUGUUUUCUCUUACUACAAGUAAAUCCCUAAUGAGGAAUCAGUUUGAGGUUCUGUUUUCCCCUUGUUAAGUUUUCAUGGUACAGAGCUGAGCAGAGGAAAGAGGAAGUAGUCAUCUUUUGUGUGACCCAUCUUUAAAGUGGCUUGAGUAGCCUUGUCAACUAAAUAAAUGUGUGUGGAGGGCAAAGUAUCACCUGUCUCUCACAUUCCCUACCUACUUCUAUAUGGAGCAGUUUCUUUUGAACUCUUAUCUCCACUCCUCCCUCUCGUUUGGGUUCACAGUAAUGCCAGAUCUUCAUUGUAAGAGUCUAAAUAUUUUUUGGUAUAUGCUGCUUCUGUGGACUGUUAAUAUAUGUUCUUCCAACCCCCCCUUUAAGCCCACGGCUUUAGAAGCCAGCUUGAGGAUGAGCUGGAGUUCAUUUAUAGAGUGGAAAUUAAUAGUUUGAAGGAAACUUAGAGUGUAAUUAAGCAGUGUAUUAAAAAUAAUUGUUUUCCCUGCAGUUGUUUACUUUGCUGCUUGCAGCAUAGCUGUACACAGCAAUCUCUGUUUCUCAAGAUUAGAGAGAGAAGUCUGUCAAUCACAAAUAAGCAAAUACCCACUUUGAAUAAUUAAGACUAUAUAAAGUAGCUUUCAUGUGUAUGAAAAGAAAACGGGAUCCAGAUAGAUUUUCAUUAUUAAGACUCCAGUCCUGCCUUCGAAAAGAAAAUACUUGUUUGCUAAGAAGAAACUUAUUUAUGGGGGUGGGGGGUACAGGUUAGGGUUACACAAAACACACUGUACCUUUUCCCCUUAAAUUUCCAUGUUUUAUUUUUGGUUUUGGAAUGCUUGGCUUCUAAGGAGAAUUUGUUUAACAUAAAACUCCCUUUAUAAUGCUGUAGCUCAGGCUUCUGUACUGUUUUUUUUUUCUUUCCUGAAUAUGCAGUUGAGUCAUACUCUAGUUACUGUGAUCAUUAAGCACACAUGCUACACUGCUCAAAAAGCAUGAGAAUUAUCUACACCUUAACUGGUGAUAAGGUUAACAUGUGGCUGUUGGCACACUUUUACUAACUCUGCCACCAUUAAAGUGUUUAAGGCUGAACCUAUCACUGAUGCUUUCCUAAACAAGAAUGAAGGGAAGCAUUUUGAUCUACCAAGUUUUAUUUCAGAAGGAAUAAGAAAGAUUUAGGAUUAAACCAAGACCACAAACGCAUGUUUUGCUGCUGUUCCUUUAGUCCUGAAAUCUUUUACAUAAAAAUAUUAUUUCGCUAUGUAAUAUAUGGAUGUAAAAUAAUAUUUUCUUACAACUAUUUUUGGAAGCUUAAAAAUAAUUCCAUCAUAAUAAUCUUACAUUUUUGAAAGUAAGUUGUUAUGCACAUUAUUUUGGAUGGAUUUAUUUUUGUCACCGGUGAUCUAAAGUAUAUGCUAGGUCAUACAAUGUAGGAACAGCUAUAGAUGUCAAAUAUUAUGUAUCUACAGGGUACUGAACAGUAAGUUAGUUGUGAAAAUAUAUUCCUUCCCCCCCACUUUUGUGUCUGAAACCUCAGAAGAGUAUAACAUUUAAGCAUCUCCUCCUCCUCUUGAUGCAUCUCAGAUUCUGUUCUGAUUGUUUAAAAACAAAAAACCCUGCUCCUUUCUGGAGGACGGAGAGCAAAGCCUGUUUCAAUCUAAGUGAAGCAGCUUUAUUGUUUCCUACAGAGCUUUGUGUACCGCUGGGCCCAUCUCAGUCUAGUGUAAAUUGCAUCUGAUCAUGAGGCCAAAGAGUGGAAUAGCAGAGCUCAAGAUGCCUUCCUAAAGUGCAGUGGGGAAGCUCUUCCAAUAGCCAAGCCCACAAGAGAGACCCUUAACAGCUCCUUCUUGCUGGAGUGCAGAACUGUUUAUGCUGUGAAACCUAGAACAUCCUGUCUCUUCUUUUUCUGCACCUGGAAUAAAGAUGUGCUUGCAGUUUAAUGUACAGCUUGCAUAAAUGUGACUUGCAGAAGAGUUUUAGGAAGUGGGGGUUUCUAUUGUCUCCUAUUGCUCUGCUUUCUUUGUUUGUUGUUCGGUUUUCUUUGUCUCUUUUUAAAGGCCUGAAAGGUAUGAGUAAGGUAAAGCGAGCAACAAAAAUAGCAACUACCUGCAGUAUCAUGUCUGCUCUGCCUGGUAUUAUAAGAUAGCUUUGGAAGUGGGCUGAGUCAUAUUAUGAUCUCACACCUUUAAUUAAAGGGAUGUGGUUGUUGAAUGUUUAACAGAAAUAUCCUUUUCCCCCCAAGAAUUGAUUCAAGCAGUGUUGUUUAAUGGGUGUUAACAAGCACCAAUAAAACCAGCUUUAUGCAAUCUGAUUAAAAAUCAUUCUUAUACUCUGGCUGAGCUUUGAGUUUUGUGGGUCUGCAGGAAUACAUAAAAAGCAUUGUAAUUGCUCACCUCGCUCUUGUGUGAGGCGGCGUCUCCUCCGCCCCGUGUUACUUCCUAUAGAAUCUAUCCGGGCAGACUAGACUUGUAUUUGUAAUAUUUUUAUGUUUAAAAUCACUUGAACAGGUGUUUUGUCCAGUCCUUCCAGGCUUUUGUUGUACCUCAAAGGGAGUGUGGAAAUGAGUGGGUCCAACUUCUUAAGUUUUCCCCUGCAGGUCACAUUUAAAUACAGGAAACUCAGGCCCGAUCCUUCCACGACUAAGUGCCAUUCAGCCAGGGUCUUAAGUGUGCACUUCCCUUUCAGCCUGUGCACAGCAUCUCGAAAUCAAUAGGACUGUGCAGGCCUUUGAAGUUAGGUGCAUGUUUACACUCCUUGCUGUAUAAAGACCUGGAGGUCUGCACUAAGACCUGCACUGAGAAGGGAGGACAUGAUUUUUGCAAUAAUCUACUUGAGGGAGGGUAAAGGGAAAUGUUCCCUUUAGGGCUUUAAAGCCGGCAUUUCAACACCACUUUGUUUGUCUAGUCCUGUAACCACCUUUUCUAAACAUUUAAUACGCUUAAAGAAGAGUUGUGAUUUUUUUUUUUCCUGCAAAUGCAUUAUCAUGCAUGAAUUCACUCAGGUGGGAAUUCCUGUGGGCACUGAGGGUACUACUGUGGUGGGUAACGUUAUGCAUGUGCUUAGGCUUGACAAGACAAGGCCCCAGCUGUGUUGAUGUAGCUCCAGUUAGGAGAUGCAGACAAGCAGUCUAUUUCCCCAGACUGCCCAUGUGUUCAAGGAAAAAUGAUUUUUCUUGAAAAAGGCCUUAUGAGAGAACCUACAACUGCCCUUGGGUUAAAGAUCUUUAAAAAUAUGAUUGAAGCAUUUAUUUUUGAUGGCAAGAAGGGGGAAAUUAAAUUUUAGAACAACUUCAGUUUACCUUCAUAGAGAAUCGGGCACUGAUAAAGUGUUGAUUGAGAGCUACUCUUAAGGCUGUCCAGUGUGGCAGAAUGGGGGUGUUCUUGACAAACAGUGCUAAUGCAUUUAAAAAAAAAAAUAUUUUCUUAAUUGAAAAGAAUAUUUUCUUCAGAUUGAAAUAAUCCAAUCUGUGGGUCUAACCUUUCAGCUCUGCACAGCUUUUUUUUUUUUACAUCGGUGAGACAUAACUCAUUCCUCCUUUUUUAAAUAGUUUUCAGAUUUAAAUGAAAAGAGAUCCCCCACCUUCCUCCUCCCCCAGCCUGGGAGAAAUAUAUUCCAAACUUUAAAUGUGACGUGUUUUCUUCAGUCCUUCCAGAAGGCUCGUCCCUGGUGUGUGUGAGGUUUGUUUGUCAGGUGAUUUGCCACCUGUGCUUUUUGACAAUUAACUGCACCAACCGUAAUUACAACAGCCAUGUGGGAACAAAUAUUUUUGAGAGCAAAAUUUUAAUUUUAUAUGACAGAUCAGAUAUGAAUAACAAAGUAGAUGUAGGAAAUCAGUAGUUUCUAAAUGCAAUUUCUUAUUCUUAAGGAAUCUAUCAUUCAAGUACAUGUAUUCAAUCAACCAGUCUUAAGAGUUUAAGUGCAGUGAUAAGGUCACUAUCAUUGAAUGGGCAUAUGCUUUUAAACACAUUUUUACUUGUGAAUUAAAAAAAAAAAAAAAUCAGGGUAACUACAAACACCAGUGGCUUAGACAGUUCUUCUCCAUUAGUAUAAAAUUGGGAGUUUUCUUUACGCAUACUUGAACUUUUUUUAAUGUUGUAACACUUCAUGAAAUCAUCCACGAUAACAAGUGUAAUCACAACAAUGAUUUUUUUCAUGAGCCUUUUCUGUAAGUCGUCUCUUGUCAGUAAAUGUUGAAUUGUUAGCGCAAAUAUCUUUUCUUUUCCUGAGAGAGAAGUACAGACUAUUGAUUGUACCAUUUCCUUCAAAAUGAAGGGCAUUGCAUAGCAAUUAAAAAUAAAUAAAAGAUUUAUAACA